AUGGACCUCAUGUUGACCCCCCAGUUUCAGCUGCGGUGGCUGAAGGGGCAGCUGGCUUUUGAGAGAAAGAAAUGGGAAGAGAUGGAGGUGGAGGUUGUGGAGAAUCACAAGCUCAUCAUGGAGAAGGGUCAGUCACUAGCAGGAUGUCCUGAGAAAAAGCGGCUGCUGGAGCCGGCAGCCAGUCCACCCAACAAGGCGCUGAAUGGAGCGGAGCAGAGCUACUACAACCUCCCGUCGGCACGCACCGAUGAGCAGGCCAUGCUGUCCUCCAUCCUCGCCAAAACAGCCAUCAACAUCAUCGAUGUGUCAGCAGCAGACUCCCAGGGCAUGGAGCAGCAUGAGUACAUGGACAGAGCCAGGCAGUACAGCACACGCCUGGCCAUGCACAACAACCUGACGCACUGGAAGAAGCUCCCACUGCCAUCUCUGACUAACCAACUGCACCAAGUGCUCACCAGUGAGCCUGUCCCCUUCACAGACCUGCAGCAGGUGAGCAGGGCUGCUGCCUACACCUUCAGUGCACUCUCACAGAUCCGUGCUGACACCAAAGAAGAGCUGAUUGUACAGUUUGGCAUCCCCUGA